CUAUUCUUGAUGAAGUCAAUGCUAUUAUGCGUCAAAUGUCUAGUGAUACAAAUUCUCAAGAAUCUGAGAAUGCAAUACGUGAUGUAUUAAGAUCUGUGAGACAUGUUUUGGCUAUGGAUGCCUUUGCAAAUACAUCAACACUAACCUUUCUCCAGGUUAUCAUGGAUAAACUUGUAGCAUUCGUAUCUACUAGAGCAGUGAUGGCUAGAGCGUUAAUGAAAAAAGCAUCUAAAUUAUCUAAACCUGAUAAUUCGCCAAUUAGAGCCUGUGCAUACUAUGGAGAUAUAGAUGGGAAGCAGAGACAAAAAGACUUUUCUAAUAUUAAUAUUGCUUGGAAGCUUUGUAGUCUUAUAGCCAGUACUGGCACUUCUCUCCAACUUAUAAAAAUGGAUGAGAGCCGAGAAAUUAUAGGAAAUCGUAAAAAGGUUCAUAAUGAAGUUAAGGUUGAAGCAUUAGUUGUCAAAGAAACAGAUUUCAAUGCAGUUGCUAUUUUCCAGAACCUUAUUUUUGAAAAAGCAGAAAACCUUAAGUUUGAUCAAGAAUGCUCUAUCAUAGAUACUAUGACACUUAAACAAUUCUAA